AUGUCGUCGCCAGGAGAAUCUAUCGAUGCCCUUCUCAAGGCUCGGAAACAUUAUAUCGACAACCCUGAAGCAUUAAUGCCCGAAUUUUUGGAUGUCGUCAAUCAGAACACCCUGGCAGGCAGUACUGAGCGCAAUCUCUGGAUGUGCCAUGUUGAUGAACUGACAGAGGCAAUCAAGGAAAAUAAAGAGCUACCAGAGAUACAAGGCAGAAACCAUUCCACCAAAAGACCUGUGGAUGAUGAUUUGAUUUUAUUGGGAGAGAGCGAGUCUGAGAAAGUUGGUCUGAAAAGUUCUCGAAUUGGGCGUAAACCUGAUGACUUGAUGGCUAAACUUGUCACCAAGAGCAAAAAUGAGGUGGGCAAGGAGUUAUAUGCAUGUAUUGCAUGCCAGGAAAGCUGGAUGGGCAAACCAACGAAGAAGAGAGUCUUUCCCCAUAGCUCCACAUGUGCCAAAAUGCUCAGUGAGCACAAAGACCUCGCUUCUGCUGCUGCUAUGGCUGCUGGUAACUUGUCUUUGGGAGCAGAAAUUGAUAAGGCUACAAAAGAUUCCUUGCAGCAAGAGACUUCGGAGCCAGUCUCAAAACAGCACAGAAUCCAGAAAAAGCUCGAUGUGACUCAGUAUCGGGUAGCUGGGAAGAAGGCAACUGAGAAGGAAACUGAGCUCUUCAAUAAGAGGUUGGGUUUACUGCAGCUGAAACUUGUUACAGUUUGUGGUGUUGCUCCCCAUGUCUUUGACACGGAUGUCUGGAAGGAGCUUGCAACACUAUCUAAUCCCAGGUGGUCUCCUUAUACUGGUGACCAGAUACAGGUGGCGAUCAAACUUGAAGCAGAGUUAUGCAGGCAGAAGACAGUCGAGGCAGUGAGUAAGGAGGUGCAUAAUACAAUCACCUUUGACGGCACUUCAUUACGUCGCAACCAAUCUGCAUACACAGUGCAUGUAUCCACUCCGGAUCGCGAAGAAUAUUUCCUUCAUGCUCAUAAGGGAGAUAAGGCUCGCCAUACAGCUCCUUGGGUAAGGGAUAGGUUGAUAGAGAGCGUUGAACUUAUAGGACCCGACACUGUUGCAGCUACAUGUUCAGAUAGUACUUCUGUCACAAAGCUUGCGAAAGAACUUCUCGUCUGUGCAUAUCCUCAUAUUCUUGAUCUUCGAGAUGCCGUUCACCACCUCCACAACACAAUUGGUGAUAUAACGAAAUUAGAGUAUUUUACUCCUACAAUGAAGCUUCUCAAGAGUACGGUCGCCCAUUUCAGUAAAUCAAAUCUCUCUGUUGCAAGUCUGAAAGAGCAAGCUUCACUUGAUGGCGAUGAUUAUCGAGCUAUCCAGAAAUCUGGAAAUACUCGCUUUGGGUCAAACUGGACCAUGGCAACAUCUGCUAAAGACAUUGAAUUCAAAUCAAAGUCAGUACAGGCGAUGUUCAAGCACGAGCUCAAUGGGAAGCUCGCCAUGUUCAAGCUUACCCUUGGUCAUUAUGAGGCAAUUGUUGCGCCAUUCAUUCGUUCUUUGUGGUCUCUCGAAGCACCAAAGGCCAAUGCCUCUGAUGUCUAUGUUUUCUGGCUUUCGAGCGCCGCCGCAGUGACGGAUCUAUUCAAGAAAAGUUCUGAUAUUACAGGAAUACCAAGGCAUUUAAAGGAGCAAGUCAACGGCAUCUUUAAUGCACGCUUUGCUGAGUUUUUCUCCAAUGAUCUGUACUUUACCGCAUUCAUCCUCGAUAACCGCUACGAUGAAGCCGAAUUCUUCGUAGAUGCUGCAAAAAUCCGUAUCAUUCCUCGCCGUAGCGAGGUACUCUCUAUCUCCGACACAGCAACAGCACUUCCUCGCCCACAGAUACGAAACGUUUCUGCAUUCCGCCGUGUUCGUCACUUCCUACUUUGUCUACUGAAACCCGAACUGCAAAGAGCAUUGAAGAAACGCUCAGGAUCCAAUGCUCCUUUCAUUCUUGAUGUCUUUCCAUGGGAUAUGGAUGGGAAGGAGGUGGUUUCUACUUUCGAGCGGGAAUUUGAAGCAUUUUGGCGGAAAGAGUUUCCAUUCAGUGAUGAAAAAUCCUCUCGCAACAAGGAUCCUCUGAUAUACUGGCGAGGUUUAGCACAGAUCAAGUUUGCGCGCGUUAUUGGAUAUCUCGCGGUCAAGAUAUUUUCCAUUACAAUCAAUUCUAUGGCUGACGAGCGAACGAACUCAAUGAUUACUUGGUUCAAUAGCCCAUAUCGAGGACGUCAAACUUCUCAGACAGUUGAAAGUAUGGUAAUGGUUGGUCAAUGGUAUCGUCGCCAUGACGAGGCAUCAAAAGUGGUGCCCGCUCCUCGCAAACAUCCUGUGGUUAAGUUUUCCAACCUCGACAAGACUUACUUGAAGAAGCUUCAGUUCGAGCCUCAUCCCACACGUAAUCUUGGUGACAGUUCCGACGAGAGCGAGGAUAAUGAAGAGGAUGAAGAAGAGCAGUCCGAGGGAGAGAAGGAGGCUCAGAUGCCCAAGAAGCGAGGCCGUAAAAAGCGAGUCAUUUCGUCUGCUUCGUGCAUUGUUGUUGAUGAAAAUGAGAUCAACCUCGCAUCUCCUGCUUUGCUGGCAAUGAUAUCAGAUGAGUUGCAGACUCUCUGUGAUACCCCAGAGUCAGCCAUGGCCUCUGGUUCUUCUCAACUACUGUUACUGUUACUUACGCGUGUAACUAAUGGAUUCAGAACUUCGAUGUUAGAAACAAAUGAUAUAUCCAACAUGCGUUGGUGGAGACCUUAUGGAAGACAAAUACCGUCGUUCAUGGGGACCAAACACUUGCUUGAGGUAUCCUAUGGCAGUCUUACUUUCAAGGAUGCAGCUACUCGAACGCAUGCGGCGUUCAUUUUUCAUCAUCUUGUCUACUACGAAUCUCGUUGA